AUGCGCCACCACAUUCCUGUGGGAAUGAAUGGCAGGAAUACUACUAGCACAACUGCAAUGGAUACUACUACCACUAUUACUGCUACCACUACUACUGCAGGCAAUGGAGGUUUUUGUAAUGGCGCUUGUGUUGGAGGUGUUGGUGUUGGGGCCCCAAAGUCGUCGGAUGUGGCGGGUGUGAACAAUAGCAACAAUUAUGUACAACUCUCAUCCAGUGAUAUGUCUGGGGCGGCGGAUGCGAGUAAUGAGGAGGUGAAUCAAUUACUAAAGGAACUGGAGUGUUCGGUUGGGGGUCCACACGCGGCGGCUGUUUUGCGGGAUGCGGUUUGGGCGAUUGAACGUCGCUCGUUGGCGAGUUUUGAUCCACUUAGCCGUGAUCUCUUUCUUGAGCAACGUAUACGGGAUGUACUCUCGGAGUUAUCUCGUACAUCUAAUCCAAAAAUGUUAUUACUUGCGGUAGACUUUAUUGAUGCCUUAUUGGGGGUUCAAUAUACGAAUCCAGAGCAGAAGUUUACACGACUUUGUCGAAGUCUUUUUAUGGUAUUACAUUGCGGUAUAGAGAAGCCGGCAAAGGAGGCACAACGGGUAUUAAAGCGUAUGUUGGAAAUGGAUCUUGAAUUUGGUCCAUUUGAUCCACCAUUAAAAUCCUUUAUUACUAAAGAAUUAAGAGAUAAUUGUGAACUUGCCCUUAUUCAAUUGCAUGGACGAGCUCAACAAACAAAGGCACCUUUUGUGGCCCAGUUUCUUGCGGUUAUGUUAGCCCUUGCUGCUACGGCGCAGGUGAAUCCACGAUAUAUGGCUGGACAACUUCGUCCACAUGCCGUACAACUCGCCACUGCACUUGCGGGAUCCUCCGAUGAGGUUUUGUGUCGUGCCGCGUAUGAUUGUUUAGUAGCGAUAUUUAGUCAUACAAGUGCUUUGCGGCAUAAUGAAGUGGUUUUGGAAAAUCGACGAGUGUUAGAUGAUGCUAUUCGAUCUCUUAAUACAAGUCAUAAUAAUGAAAGCAGUAUUAUAUCCACACUUCAAUCACUUCGUGCACUUAUUAGUAGUCGUGGUGUACAUUGUAUGGAAAAACAAGCUCAGAUUUUACCACAGCUUUGUGUACUUGUAACAGAACAACAUCGUGUAUCUAAAUCUCCAGCUGUUCGGGGAGCUGUGUGUAAUCUUGUUCCUGUUAUUGCCGAGACAGAUAUCCUCUCGGCAGCACGACGUACAACCUAUUGUGCUAUUAUUAUGGAACCUGUUAAAAAUGUUCGUGAUGAAAAGAAUAAAAAAUUGGAGCUACGUAAUGUAGCUACCUUUAUUCAAAAUGUUGGAUAUGAAGUGUUAGACUCUACUAACAGAACCAAUUUGGAUUCUAUUUUAAUGCGUUACAUAACAAGACGGGAAACACAAGAAGAAUGUUGGCAUAUAUUAGCAGCUAUAUGCAGUGUUCAAGUACGAUCAGCUUGGAGACGAGCACAGUUUGGAUGUCGGUCAACGUGGUCUAUUCACGAAAGCUUCUCUGCAAGUAAGAAUGAAAUGUCAAAUGUGACAGCAACUCUAGCCACAGCCACACCAGGAGAAAAUAGUACUUCCACAAAGGAGAUCUCUCCUGCAAUAGAUAGUACAUUGGCUACACCGACGAAUAAUAGUCUUCACUCUGGAGUUUCUAAACAACAAGCUCUUAUGCAGCAUGUUGGUAAUUUAGUAAAACGUUGUAUUCCAUAUAUGGCAUAUGCUGUUCUUUCUGCUGAACUUGUGUAUUACAUAACUAUACUGAAGGAACAUAUUCCUUCUGUGAGUGCAGAUCUAAUGACGGCUCUUGAUAGUCUUGUAGAUCGUAAGUUAAAAGAUGAUGGUCAAGACUCUAAACGAACGGAUGGAGAGAGUAGUAGAUCUCAAUCCUUUCGUGAUAGUGGUCCCUCUGUUCCAUCUGGAUCUGCACAUUCUAAAUCUAAUCAAGACACCACACAAGCAUCUACAUUUAAUCCAUCUAAUAGCGCUGUAGGUCGUCUGGCGCAGUAUUUUCUCCCACCUACUACACUUGAUUCCACUGCCGCUGCCCUUAAAGGUGGUGUAAGUAGUAGUGGUCUUGGUAGUGCUACUUCCAUGACAGCAACAACAACAGCCACAACAGCAACAACAACAACAGCAGCAGCAGCGGCAACAACAGCAACAACAGCAACAGCAACAGUGGAUAUGUCUGCACAGAGUGUUGGGGCCACACUGCAUACACCCUCAGGUGUCAGUUUCCCUUUUGUUGGAGGCAUAGCAGGAGGUGUGAGUGCUGUGAAUAUGCCAUUACCACAACCAGUGGGAGCAUCUGAAAUUAAGAUUGCACUUGAGGUAUUCUCAAGGCGACAAAUUACAUCUGUUCAGCAGUUAGAAGAAGUUCGAACAUCUAUUAUACAUUAUCAACGACAUUAUGAUUCGGAAGUGCGACAACAGUGUAGUACGGCUGUUGUGGAAGCCCUUAGUGGUUGGACACUAUAUGCCAAACAACAUCGUACCUCUACCUACUCCACUCGUGUUACUGAGAUAUUGGAACUUUAUAUACGACAUGUCGUAAUGGAGUUAGAUCCUAAUGUUCGACUUAUGCAAAUUGCACUUUUAGCAAAUGCUGUGGAACUACGAGCUUUUCUUUUAGAGCAUAGGAUUCUUAAAACACUUACAAGUUUUCUACAUGAUGUAUCACAUGUUCGAGAAAAGACGGUGGAACUCUUUGUUGCCCUCACACAAGAACCAAGAUCUGGAGCUCCUGUAGAAGCUGUUUAUCAGAGUUUAUCUGUCCUUGUAGAAUCAUGUGUAGUGGCAUUAGAGUAUUCUAUUGAUCCACGUAUUCUUAUCCGUCAUAUGUCUGAUCUACAAACACUCGCUAAAUUCAGUCUUGAACCUUUAAUGGAUCAUUUACAUCGUAUUUUUAUUGCAUUUCAAAAACAAUUAUUAGAAGAAUGGUUAGCUGAUCCUAUUGCACUUUCAAUUUUAAAAAGUUUGGAUACUAUUCUUGGUGCCUUUAAGAAUGAAGAAGUUAUGUUACAAUAUCAAGAUGAUGUCGCUGAACUUUAUGUUCCUGUUGUAGGGAUUUUACGCUCAAGUACUUCUUUAUCAUUAAGUCAUGCCGCUAUUGCUGUAUUGGUACGUAUGCAUACUGUUGGGGCUUCACCGAGAGAGUGGAAUGCACCACAAUUACAUGAAUUACUACAAUCUAUUACUUCUGUAUAUAUUGGUGCUACAAAUAGCUCCGAAAAAGAAUUAGGACAAGUAUUAAAGCUAUUUGGUCAACUUGGAGCAGUUGAUCCAGCUACUAAACCAGAUACUGCUGCAAUGAAAAAGAAAAAAGAUGAUGAAGCUGCUAUUCAAGAUGAAGCAGAUCUUGAACUUACAUAUGAUUACACUGUUAUUGUGUAUCGUGAUUUAAGUCGUAUGUUAGAUUUAAGUUUAUCUGAAAUGGUGUGUACCCAGGCUAUGCGUACCUUGUUACAUCUUGUACAGACUACAUCUGAUAGGAAGGAACUUAUUGGUGGUGCUCAUGCCGUGAAGGCAGUCUUGCAAAUUGCUAAACGUGCAAGUGAUACCCCAUCUCUUCGAAUUGAGGCAUUGCAUAUACUUACAGCUAUUACAGCACUUCGACAUGAAAAAAUUACCAAGACACUAUUACCAGAGAUUGUGGUUUUGCUUGAACAACUUUGGUAUACUCAUGAUCAUGCUCUUUUCCGUGCUGUAUUAGAUGUUGUGAGUGCAUUAAAACCUGGUGAUUUAUCAGGAAAGGAACAGUUAGAAGUUUGGCCUUGGCUUUAUCCUCGUUUAGUGGAUGUUGCCUUGCAAGAUCGUACAGAAUCACGUGAGUUCUGUCUUCGUGUUCUUGACAUUCUACUUCAUGCCAGUUAUAUUCCCCCACAUUGCAUUCCCGUUGUUUUUCCCAUGCUUAUGCAGUUUGUACAGCAGAUGGACCAAUUGGUAGAAGUACGUUCGCUGUCUCUUUGUGUGGCCAUUCAUAUUGUAUGUGAUCUCAAGGCCGUUCAGCAUCUCUCGGCAUUGCUGCAUGCCGCCCGAACCCUCACACGGCACUGUGAACUUAGUGAAGAUCUCGGACCGCGUCUUGCCACUACACUACUGCGAGACUCUUUAAAGGUUCUUGCGGCAUUGUAUCCUGGUGGUAAGGCGGCUAUACGUGCAUUGCGAGAGCGACUGCGGGAAGCGGAAGAGGCGUCUCACACCCACAAUAAUAAUAAUAAUAAUAAUAAUAAUAAUAAUAAUAGUUCUAGUCAUGUUGGGGGGAACACGGAGCAUAUGAAUGGGAAUACGAAUAAUAAUAGUAACAAUAAUAAUAAUUGUAGUAGUAGUGUUAGCAAUUAUAAUGGGAAUAACAACAAUAAUAAUAAUAAUAAUAAUAAUAAUAAUAAUAAUAAUAAUAAUAGCAAUUCUAAUACUUUUCAUAACGGCAAGAACAACAACAAUAACUCUAACCAUACUAGUAGAAGUGGGAUGGAGACAGUGACGUACUCACGUCGGUAUCAACAGCAGCAUCAUCCGCGGGAGCUUCGCCGUGGUAAUAGUUUUAUUGAUCAACAGGAAGAUGAACGGUGGGAUAUUUAUCCCCAGGGGCAGCAAGAUAUCACGUUAUUUAUGAAGCACGUGGAGUUUGGAUUACGCACUAAAGAUAAUAAGUGGCGGGAGUGGUUUGCAGAGUUUCAAAAGAAUAUUAUUGUAGUCUCCCCACAUCCGGUUUUUCGUAUUAUGGUGGAUCUUUUUGAAAAGCAUGAACCUCUGCGACGUAAACUGUUUCAUCCAUCUUUUAAAUGCUUCUAUGAGUCUCUCAAUGCGGAGCAGUUAAAAAAGGUGAAUGAGGUACUCAACCUUGCAUUACGCUCUGGGGAUAGCGAAGUAGUUUCUAAAUGUCUUGGACUUGCUGAUUACUUGGACCACAAUCCACCAAAUAUAAAAGAACCUGUAUUACGUCAAUUAAGACAUCUUGAAAGUAACGAAACGGUUCUACGAACGAAUACGGCAACGGCCACUCUUCACUCUGGUUCAGAACAGCAGGGAAAAACUAUUAGUGAUAACUUUAAUCUUGAGUCACCGACCUUUUCAUUAGGAUCAUCAGGGAGAACACGCCCGGGUACACAUCAGACAGCCUCUCAUUUCACAACGAAUCCCUUGGGAGCCGCAAACAACGGCAAUACAAAUAAUACUAAUACCAAUAAUAAUAACAACAAUGGUGGUAGUAGUAGUAAUAAUAAUAAUAAUAAUAAUAAUAAUAAUAAUAAUAAUAAUAAUACCAUCAGCACGAAUGAUACACAGAAUGAUGGUAUGGGGGUAGAUUCCCCUAGAAAUGAUGAAAUCAGUGGAGAAUUUAAUCCAUUGGCACGUCCAAUCACAACGACAACACAUUCUGUCCCUGCGGCGGCAUGUCCGCAUGCCCCACCUAUUCCCAAUACUGUAAAUCCAUUAUUUACUGUAGAUAGCCUUGUAGAGGCUGCACAACGUACGCAUAUGUAUGAUAAGGUUAUGAGUUACCUUGAGAACAAAGUACUACCAGUUAUUGAAAAAUAUCGCUACCGAAAGCGUGUUCCGAAAGAAAUUUUUCACUCUGUUGUACUCCCACUUGCGUGGUUGUACAGUAAACGUGAAAUGCAAGAUUCUGUUGUAGGUUUAUUUCGUGCUAUUCGCUACAAAACCGAAAAUGAAGACGCAUUAGGUUAUGAAUUACUACAAUGGUGGGAUGUAGCUCAAAGUGUGUAUGCCAAUAAGGUAAAAGAUUACAGCAAGUGUAGUGUAGUUGAUAUUGAAGGAUAUGUACGUACACUAUGCCUCUGUGGUGAAUGGGAAAAAGCGUUGUGUGUUGUAAAGGCUUUUCAUAAACAGUCUUCACAACUUUCUUCUACUACAGCCGAAUCUGGUGCUAUGGCGGCCUGGAUUCUUGGUGAAUGGGAAGAUGUGAGAGAGUUAACAGAUCGUGUUCCUGCCAAAGAGAAGGGAAAUAUUGCGUUAAGACUUUUUUAUCAAAAUGCUGUUUUUUUUCACAAUGAAUUUAGUAAAAAAUAUACCGAAGGUGGGGAAAUAUCGAAACGUGAACUUUUUAUUCGUGAUAUCACACGUGCAAAGUUGGAAGUAGAUGAGAGUCUCAAAACAUUAUUACCGCUAAGUUAUGCUCAUGCUUAUGAAAACCUUACAAUGCUACAACACCUUACAGAAAUGGAAGAACAAGUUGCCUAUGUAGAGUCAAAAUCUGUAGCUUUUCGAGAAUUACUUGUAGAUCGUUGGAAACGGCGUUUUACUGCUCUUAAACCAGAUUCAUUAUUACCUAGUCUUAGAACUCUUAUGGUGCAUUCUCUCGUACUUCAACCGAAUGAAAUGUCUGAAAUGAUUUUAAAUUUUUGUGAACGAAUGGGUACAAACUAUCCACAAUUAUCCAAGUGGGCUAUGGCAUGGUUGCAACUUGGACGUACUCCACGUGGAAGUCAUGAAUAUAAACGUGAUCACAUGGUAACUGGUGCCCCACUUAGCUCUCAACCUCUUGUUGCAGUUGUUUAUAUUAGUCAAUUGUGGAAUGAAGGAAAACGUAAAGAGGCAGUAUCUAUGAUGGAAAAAUUUCUUGAUGAAACGAAACCAAUAUUAGAACAAAAACAACCAUCUUGUUAUGGUUCUGCCCAACUUCGUCUUGGAUCAUGGAAACAGGAAAUGUAUGCUGACUCCUUCUGGAAGAGUGAACAUCGUCAAGAGGUUCUUCGUCAUUUCCAUGAGGCUAUACGAGCUGUACCUGAAAGUUGUGAUGUAUGGCAUAGUUGGGGUUUAUUGAAUUAUCGUGUACAACAGCGUGAUCACUCAUUAACGUCAGAGGAACAACAUUUGUUUGUUGAGGCAGCUCACCAAGGUUUUGUAGCUGCUAUUUGUAGAAGUUCAAGUCCUCCUACAGCUUUACCUGGAGUUAUGCGUUUACUGCAACUCUGGGUAUUUCAUAAUGGUGUUUCUCUCUUAAAGGAGUCUGUAGCAGAUAGUGUUUCUCGUAUUCCAACUGAUUAUUGGGUACAGGCUAUACCACAAUUGAUUGGUCAUUUAAGUAAUAAUAGUCAUGAUGUACGAGAGGUAAUUAGUAUGAUUCUUCGACAAUUAUGUGAAGUUCAUUCACAAGCUGUUGUAUUUCCUUUAUUAGUGGUAUUUAUGUCUGAUGAUGGAUGUGGUGGUGCUCAAUUACGUAGACGAGAACUUUCUCAAUCUAUUAUUAAGUAUUUACCUAAACGUAUUCGAUCGGAUGCUGAACUUGUUGCAAAACUCUUAGUAGAUGUAUCUGCUAUUCCUAUUGAAAAGAUUCGAGAAAAUCUUAGUGCAGUGGCAACAGCAUGGAACCCUAAUGCGGAGUAUGAAGAAGAUCCAGAAGAAGUUAGACGACGGUUAAAAUCUGUACUUGAAAUCUUUAAUGCCCAUCGUCGGCAUUUAUUGUAUACAGUUGGAGAUAUAGGACAAUAUAUUGAUAUGGUCUUGGAAGAUGAAAAACGUGGUGAUCGUGAAAAGGCUAGUAGUAUUGUAACUCAAUUGGUGGAUGAAAUUACUAAACAUAUCACAGAGAAACUUGGAAAAGAACCUCAAAAAGCCAUGGAACCAUUACUAAAUCUUCGUAAUCUUUCCAUAGCUGUAUUUGGUGAAUAUGAUAUUCAAUAUACAAAUUUUCCCACUAUAGCCUCUUUUAGCUCUAAAUUAGAUGUUAUUCCAUCUAAAAAACGUCCUCGUCGUAUUCGUUUGACAGGAUCAAAUGGUUUUAUGUAUACAUAUUGUCUUAAGGGAAAUGAAGAUAUUCGUAUGGAUGAACGUGUUAUGCAGCUUUUCGGAAUGGUAAAUGUACUUCUUAGUGAUGCUCAUACCGCAAAUAGUGCUUUUAUUCAUCGUUUUCCUGUAAUUCCCAUUAGUAAUAAUGUGGGUUUACUUGGUUGGGUGGAACAUGCUAACACUAUUAACAGUACUAUUUGUAUUCAUCGUAACACCAUCUCUAAAGUUCGCACCUAUCAUGAAUCUAGUGUUCUUCGCUCCUAUGUGGAAUCCUUUGGACAAUGGGAUAAACUCACAAUGAUUCAACGUACAGAAGUAUUGGAGUAUGUAAUGACUCAACCCAACUGUGAAGCUGUAGAUGUAGCCCGGGCCAUGUGGCAUCGCUCAAAUACAGCUGAACAGUGGUUGGAGCGACGAACGGCAUUUACACAAUCAUUGGCAACUAUGUCUAUGGUGGGAUAUGUACUAGGACUUGGGGAUAGACAUCUUGGUAAUAUCCUUCUCUCUAUGUCUACAGGUAAGAUUGUACAUAUUGAUUUUGGAGAUAGUUUUGAUGUUGGUAGAUUGCGUCAUGUCCUUCCAGAGACUAUUCCAUUUCGACUCACACGAAUGUUAACAAAUGCAAUGGAAGUGUUUGGUGUGGAUGGAGUUUUUCGUUCCUCAUGUGAACGUACACAGACGACUUUACAUAAAAAUCGUGAUAGUAUCAUGGCUCUUUUAUCAGCCUUUGUGCAUGACCCUAUUGUUCAACAUAAAGGGAAGAUGAAGAAUAUGAUGGAAAAGAGUCGAACCCCACAAGACAUUGCCGAGCGAAUUCGAAAUAAACUACGUGGAACAGAGAUGGCGGUUGAAGAUAGUGAUCUUAUAAUCUUCAAUACCGUACCGGAGAGUGCACGUCGUCCGGAUUUGUUUUAUAUGUCCAAUGCCUUUAAUGAUGCUGCACGUCGAAGUUUAGGCAAAGCACUACCACCACCGAAACAAGUCUCAAUGUUAAUUGAUGAAGCCACUCGUGUGGAGAAUUAUGCCGCACUUUACUUUGGAUGGGGACCACUUUGGUAA